GUCUCCUAUAGCUGUAAAGCUCAAUCUUACUUUUUCUUUUACUUUUUUCACUUUUUAACUAAAUAUGUUUAAAUUUGUGUUGAAAUCACAAUUUAUUUCCAGAUUAUUAGCAGAAAAGUAUGUCUUGAUCCUGGUGCUGAGCUACUUUUUAGGAUGCCUGCAGUUUAAAAUAGGAUACGUUAUCCUAAUCCUGCUGGUACUAAAAUGCUACAUGUUGUGGAGAAGCCGCCGCCGCCCCACUGAGAAGAAGACAGAGGAAAUCCCCAAGGAGAAGAAAAAAGCUCCAGGAAGAGUCCCAGGGGAACACUUCGAGAGGAGCAAGUCCCUGAAUGCGAUUUUCGAGAACAUCUGGCCGUAUCUUACUGAAUACUUGGAGACGAUGCUCAGGCAGAAGAUUCAGCCGAAAAUCCGCUCUUCUAGCAAAUAUCUGGCCUCUUUGCGAUUUAUAAAUAUCGAUUUUGGCGACAAGCCCCCAGAGGUCACUGCUUUAAGAGCCCACGGCGAUCCGGAAAGAAAACAAAUUAUCCUGGAUCUUGAAAUCAGUUACGAUACAGAAGUGAAGAUAGAUAUUGGAUUCAAUGAGAAAACCCCAAUAGCCGGAGUGAAAUCUAUAAAACUGGAGGGAACCUUGAGGAUUAUUUUGGCACCGCUGAUGGAGGACGCGCCCUUAUUCGGUGCAAUUACUUUCUACUUCCCUCAUCGACCGGUAUUGGACCUACGGUGGAUUGGACUUACCCACCUGCUGAAUAUCCCAGGACUUCACACAAUGUCGGAUAAGAAGAUUGUGAACAAAAUUGCCAAGUUCAUGGUUGCGCCGCAGCAUUUCAGCCAACGAAUAAAAGCCAAAUUCGAUUUGAAUGAGCUGCACUUCAAAGAGCCAAGGAUUGUGCUUCGUAUCCAUGUGAUAGAAGCCAAAAACCUUAGAGCCAAGGAUCUAAGUUCUUCGGACCCGUAUGUUGUCAUACACGGAGGAGGAACAACAGUGCAAACCAAGGUGAUACAGAAGAACCUUAAUCCACAGUGGAAUGAGACGUUUGAGAUACUAUAUACUGACCUCCCAGGGCAGGAGGUAGAGUUCAAUCUCUUUAAUAAAGAUAAGGAAUUGGCCAAAGAUCAGCCUUUGGGCAGCUGCAAAAUCAGAAUUGCAGAUGUCCCAGAGAGAAUGUACCUAGAUAAGUGGAUACAGUUGGAGAAUGCAGAGUCUGGGCAGCUCCAUAUCAAGCUGGAACGUCUCCAGCUUCUUUCAGACCCUACCAAGUUGGAAGAGGUGCUGAAAGAAAAUGAGCAAACUCAGACAGAGAGAAGAACGCAGAUGUCUUCAGCAGUUCUCUACACCUUUAUUGAGAAAGCAAGGGGUCUACCUGUUGUACAGGUGCAGAAAGGCAAACUGAACCCACUCGCUGUGGUGCAGGUUGCCGUUCAAGACUCCGUCCAGGAAACUGGAAGCAAAGUGAAGAACGGAGAAGUAGAGUGGAAAAGGAGGUUCCAGUUCUUAUUAAGGAACCCACUCACUGAGGAACUGAAGCUUAUGUUACAUGAUGAACGCCAGAAACCUCUUGGAUGUGUUGCUGUGCCCCUAUCACAACUUGUGGAUGCAGCAGACAUGACCAUAGAGGACUGGCUGCCCCUGGAAUCGACAGAAGAGAAUAGAGACAUACGAGUGAAACUGCAAUUGAGGAUUUUGGCACCUCAUCCUUACAGUGUUAAGGAAGAGGAACAAAUCCCUGAGGAAAUCACCAGGGUUCCUUUGUUCCAUGGAGAGACCAAAGCUCAAAUUUCCAAACGGAAAUCAUGGGCCAAAGUCAGAAAACUAUUUGCCAAGAAGAAAUAGAACAACGUGGCAUCACUGGUAUUUAUA